UGAACAGUCAAUCAUCCUCAGGGGGCGCGGACUCGUUGCCCAAGGAAACGUGAAGCUCCCUCAAGAGCGGCGGCCUUUGGGGGAUUCAGUGUCGAGCGGAGCCCCACCCCGAUGAGGGCGGUGCUUGUGCUAGGGCUGCACCAAUCGGCGAGGGCGCCUGGCCUGACGGACAGUCCUCCCACCCAAUCGGAGGCGGAGGAGCCCAUCGAGCCUCUGCCAUCGUCGGUCCGGGCAAGGAGGGCGGUUUGAGGCCUGGCGGGGACACUCGAGCGGGGAAGGAGGCGGAAGAAAGAAAAAUGGGCGCCACUGCUUGUCGCCGAGAAGCUCCCCCAACCGGCGGCCGGCCUGGCCCGUCGGCCGCUCCGCGGUAACCCAAUCGGUGCGGCCCGAAGGCGGGAUAUCCGCCGCCGGUGGUGCUGAGGGCGGGGAGAGUGACUCUUUCCCCACCCAGCUCCGCCCCGCCUCCGGGGCUGCCGGUCGGCCGUCAGGAGUCGAAGGUGCUGCUGCUGGCUGGUGGUGGGGACAUGAAACUCUGGCGUCUGACCAGUCGGGAAUGGUCCAAGGACCAGAGCUACAACAGUAGCAAAACCGGCAUCUCCACGAAUUCGACGGAGCGUUUGGAAAGUGUGAAAGAUUUCUUAGAGAAAGCGAGAGAGGAGUUCUUAGAGAAAUGGGAGUCCCCACCACAGAGCACAGCAUGUCUGGAUGACUUUGAGAGAUCAAAAACGCUGGGCACAGGGUCCUUUGGUAGAGUGAUGUUGGUGAGGCACAAAGUUACUAAGGAACACUAUGCGAUGAAGAUAUUGGACAAACACAAGGUGGUCAAGCUGAAACAAAUCGAGCACACACUCAAUGAAAAAAAGAUUCUUCAGGCUGUCAGGUUCCCUUUUCUGGUGCGGCUGGUAUUCUCGUUCAAGGAUAACACUAAUUUGUAUAUGGUGAUGGAAUAUAUUCAAGGUGGAGAGAUGUUUUCACAUUUAAGGAGAAGCGGAAGGUUCAGUGAACCUCACUCACGAUUUUAUGCAGCGCAGAUUGUCCUCGCGUUCGAGUACCUCCAUUCACUAGACCUUGUCUACAGGGACCUGAAGCCUGAAAACAUACUGAUUGACCAAAAUGGCUACAUCCAGGUGACAGAUUUUGGAUUUGCCAAGAGGGUAAAGGGUAGAACUUGGACACUGUGUGGAACUCCCGAAUACCUGGCUCCUGAGAUCAUUCUCAGCAAGGGCUAUAACAAAGCUGUGGAUUGGUGGGCAUUAGGAGUCCUAAUCUAUGAAAUGUGUGCGGGGUAUCCUCCGUUUUUUGCAGACCAGCCAAUUCAGAUUUACGAAAAAAUAGUCUCGGGGAAGGUGCGGUUUCCAUCUCAUUUCAGUUCUGACCUAAAAGAUCUACUGCGGAACCUGUUGCAGGUUGAUCUGACCAAACGGUUUGGUAAUCUCCGAAACGGUGUCAAUGACAUCAAAAACCAUAAGUGGUUUGCCAACACAGACUGGCUAUCCAUCUACAAAAGAAAGGAGGAGCCUCCUUUUAAACCCAAGUUUAGAGGCCCCGGGGACACCAGUAACUUUGACGAGUAUGAAGAGGAGGCGAUCCGCAUAUCUCUCACAGAGAAAUAUUCGAAGGAAUUUGCUGAUUUCUAGAGAAGGAAAUGAGACAAAGCUGUAAAAUGACUGGAAAACUUGAUACCCGGCUGAAAAGGCAAGGAGGCACUAUUUGGAGGGGAACCCAAACUGUUGUAUUUACUGAAAACUUUUGUGUUAAGUCUGUGCAUUCCACCAGGUGGAGUCCUACCUUGCCUUGACUUCGAAGGGCCUGGCCCUCUUUCCCUUACACAGACUGCGCCUGCAAAUCCUGAGGUUCUCCAGACAGUCACUAUUCCCAAUGACACACUAAACUUCUCUUUUUUGCCGCCUUCCAAUAAGCGUUUGUAUCUCAUUGUGUCUGAAUGUUAUAUAUGUUCUGUGUUUUAAAAGAUAUUUUACUUAUACAUUAAAGACCUUUAGUUUUCUUUUUUAAAACGUAUUUCCGAGUAAAGGGACUACUUUUCCAUAUCUGAUCUGACUGCAGAAUAGCUAAAUUAGGAGCUUGAACUCUUUGCUAACCUGUCUUACUCAUUCCAAGCAACUACAGAGUUGGCAUGCACAGGUGUAAUGUUAACUGUGCACCAUCUCUGCAAUCGAUUCCCUGCACUCACUCAAGUCUGGGAAAUGAUGAGCUUCUGUAUCGUUUUGGGAUCUCGCAUUUAAAUAACACCGAAUUAGAUGGAUGAUGUAGCAAUAUAAUGUUUGCCACAGUACACUUUGGCCCAAUUAUGUGGCUUUCACAUUUCUUCAGUAACCUCAAGGUUGAAGUGUUUGCUUUAUUUUAAGAUUCCUCUGGUGGAGGCAGACAAUCCCAUGGCAAUAUUUCAGCAGAGUAGUGGCGUUCUCCUCAGUGACAUGGCCAAUGUUUACUUUUCUGUCAAUAUCACUGAACGAAUUACCUGGUUAUCACAUUCGUGUUUGUGGAAGCUUGCUUUGGGCAAAUUGGCUGCUAUGUUUAUUACAUUGCAAUAUUACACUUCAAAAUAAAAGUACUUCAUUAGCUGUAAAGCA